CUGACGUCUACAUAUCGCGAAUGACUUGGAGAAAAAAAAGCACUUUUGACAACAGCUCAGCAGGCGAGACUGCGGAAAAACUGUGGGACAAGUGUCUUUUGUAACUUCUUCCCGCUUCCUUCCUUCCAUCCUCCCCCCACCUGCAUGACUGCGUGAAGACAAAAGCGAAUCAGUUAUGGAGAGCUCCGUUAAGGGAUCCCUGGCUGGUGGCACAUCAAAACCCAAGCCAGCUCUGGCCCCCAAACCUCUGCUCACUCCCAAGCCCUUCUCUCUGCAGAAGAACUCCACCAUUCGCUCCAUCUAUGCCCCAAGGGUGGUCUUUGCAGCCUCUAAGACAACAAAAGAGCAGGCUGAAAAAUAUGAGGCCGGAGGUGUCCCAAAACCGACUUUGACCCCCCCGGCCCAGCAACCCCCCAAACAACCCACCACCUCUGAUUCCAAACCCAGCUCUGUAAGUGCUGCCGCCAAACAUCAGGCAAAAACAACCAAAGACAGUAAAGCACAUGGAGAGAAUAUUCUUGAUUCUAGUGUCAGAAAGUCUGAGCCAGCCGCACAAACCGCCCCACCCAAAGAGACACCAACGGCCGAGCCAAUCCAGAAAGUCAGUGCCAUCCAAACAAACCACAAAGCACCCGUAGAUAUCGUAGCUAACCCAGAACAGAAAGACAGAAAAACUAAAGAAGAUGAAACAAACAACACUUCUGUCGUCCAAAAGCUUGAAGAAACAGGAAGUGAGUUCUCCACAGCCAAUCCAGCAAACAGAUGGAGCGGCACCAGGAAGCGCCUGCCCGCAGAGCUCACCUCGAAGUUUGAGUCCGGUGGCCUACCUCUGCCCCCCCAGCCAAGUAUAACCAGCUAUACAACCAGCGCCAAAGACAACACAAACAAGCCAGAGUCCUCAGAUCCAGAGCAAAGCCAGACCACAGCCGAGCCGUCAAACAGAGAGAGUGAUGCAGGUGGAAUGAAGGAGGAUUUCGGUGAAGGAGGCAGCAUAAAACGCAGAAUCAGUCUUCUGUUUGACUCAUCAUCGAGGCCAGAGGUCAUAACAAAGACAGAGGAGCCAGAAGUGAUAAAUGGUACAGGAGGUGUAAAAGAGAAAAUCAAAAACUGGGUCACGGAAAAGGGUCUGAAGACCGAGAAGAAGCCUCAGGUUGUGCCCCGAAUUCGCUCUAAGAGCUUUGAGCCAGCGACUGCUCCAACAGUGGAGAAAACACCCAAAAGGCCACCUGUUGAACCUCCUGCAACCGGGACAUCGUCCAGUCAGGCGGUAGAUCCUCCUUCAAAGGUCUCAGCUGCUGAACAACCCACAGAGACCCCAAUGGAAACAUGUAAAGAUGCUCUUACAGGAGAUACGUCAUUGAAAAUCUCAAGAGAGACUCCAGGAGCGCAUAUACAGAUCAAGUCAACAGAGGGUGAUGUCCCACUACACAAUCACAUCCCAUCUAUGAGCCACACUGCCACUGAUAAGGAAGACGUAGCUUCGAGUGAAAUUGCUCAGCAUGCUCCAAAGAGGGACAAUGUCAAACGGCGCUCUGUUCGCUUUGGUGUUGUGGAGAGAGAUGAUGGUGCUCCUCCUAUCAUCCUGGGCUCACCGUCUGAUUCCAGCACAGAAGAAGAAGACAACGCUUCUGAGGAUGAAGCUGAGGAGGCCAUCCCUGUUUCAGUGCCUGUCUACAGAAGAGUUCUUCAGAAGAAGGACGAUGAGGCGCAAGACCAAGAGAAACGACUGAAACAUUUGGAAUUUGAAAAAAGGAGAACAGAGCAGAUUGAACAGGCGAAAGUUCAGUUAGAAGAGGAGCGGAAACGAAAAGAAGAAGAAGAAGAAAGGGAGAAAGAAAAGGCCAGGAAGAAAGAAGAGAAGGACAGGGAAAGCGAGAGGCUGCAGGAGGAAGAAAUGGAGAGGCAGAGGAAGGAGGAAUGUGAGAGAGAACGGUUGAAAGAAGAGGAGAGGGAAAGAGAAAGGCUAAGAGAAGAAGAGAUGGAGAGAGAAAGACGGAUGGAGUUGAUGCGGCAGAGGCAGAGAGAAGAGGAAAGAGAGAGGGCGAAACAGAAAGAGGAGAGACUUAAACAAGAUCUGGAGGAGAGGGAAAAAGAGAAAUUAAAGAAGAAGGAGGAGGAGAGGAAAGAGGAGAGACUGAGAGAGGAAAGAGAAAGACAGAGGCUGAGAGAAGAGGAGAAGACAUCGAGUCAGGGGCAGGCGGAGUGCAGAGUGGAGGGAAAACUGGGAGAAGCAGGAAUGAAUAAAGAGGAGCAAAAAGAGGAGGAGUGGGGAAAAAAGUGGGUGAACAAGACAGAGAGGUUGAGAGGAGAAGAAGAAGAGAGGGAAAAGGAGAAAGAGUUGGAGUUGAUGUGGCAGAGAAAGAAAGAGGAGGACGGGGAAAGGGCGAGACAGAAAGAGGAGAGACUCAGGCAAGAGGAGAGUGAGAAAGAAAGAUUAAGAGAGGAGGCAGAGGAAAGAGAAAAGGAGAGGCAAAAGAGGCUGGAAGAGCAGCAGAAAAAAGAAGAAGAAAUGGAGAGAAUGAGGAAACUGGAGAAACAGAGGGAGGAGGAGAGGAGGGAAGAGGAAAGGAGGAGGCAGAAAGAACGAGAAAGAGUGGAAGAGCUGGAGAGAAAACAGCAAGAGGAAAAAAAGCGAGCCCAAAAACUGGAAGAGGAGAGACUCAGACAAGAGAAGAGGGAGAAAGAAAGAUUAAGAGAGGAGGCAGAGGAAAGAGAAAAGGAGAGGCAAAAGAGGAUGCAAGAGCAGCAGAAAAAAGAAGAAGAGAUGGAGAGAAUGAGGAAACUGGAGAAACAGAGGGAGGAGGAGAGGAGGGAAGAGGAAAGGAGGAGGCAGAAAGAACGAGAAAGAGUGGAAGAGCUGGAGAGAAAACAGCAAGAGGAAAGAAAGCGAGCCCAAGAACUGGAAGAGGAGAGACUCAGACAAGAGGAGAGGGAGAAAGAAAGAUUAAGAGAGGAGGCAGAGGAAAGAGAAAAGGAGAGGCAAAAGAGGAUGCAAGAGCAGCAGAAAAAAGAAGAAGAGAUGGAGAGAAUGAGGAAACUGGAGAAACAGAGGGAGGAGGAGAGGAGGGAAGAAGAAAGGAGGAGGCAGAAAGAACGAGAAAGAGUAGAAGAGCUUGAGAGAAAACUGCAAGAGGAAAAAAAGCGAGCCCAAGAACUGGAAGAAAAGCUGAGAAUGGAGGAAGAGAGAAAAAGGGAUGGGCUGACCAGUAGGGAACCAGAGAGUGUGGUGCACGAAGCAGAGCCAAAUUUAAUCAGCUUUGACUCUGAAGAUGUGCCUCUGAAGUCAGAGUCACUAUAUCCCCCCCUAGCAAAAACCCAUGAGUCCACAGAGAGUCAAAUCGAAGUCCUUUAUGACGACUUCUCCGUCAGGCCGCCUCUGAUCGAUGUGGAUUUUGACGAUUUUUCAGUCAAACCAUUGAGAUGGGGCUCACAGGCUAAAGUACAAACUACUCCAGUCAUUCAGAGUGGGGUAUCUGACCCUGUGAAAAAAGAGGAAAUGGAAGUGCUGGUGCCUGUGGAUGUCAGCCGCUGGGAAAAUAAAGUGCCAGAGCAGGUGAAAAAAACAGACAGCCCAGAGCCCAUUUUAGCCCAGGAAAGUCCAGAGGAGGAGGAGGAGGAGGAGGAGGAAAGGCCGGAGGACCAACAGCUCAUCUCCAUCGAGGUGGAGGAAGAGGAGAUGGAGACGGAGAGGGAGGAAGAGGAGGAGACACAGGAGGAUGAAGUCAAAGAAGAAACGAAACAGGCACAGGUUAACAGUUAUUGCACAAACGAUGAAAACAAAGACACUGUUGCCUUGAUUGACGACGAGCCAGGCCAGCAGAAUGAGGCCUGUGAACGGACAUCUGGAAGUGACAGUCCAAAGCCCGUCCCUGACCAAGUUCCUGAAGGCUCCUCUGAAGACCUUGAUACCACUGACCUUCACAGGGAGGAAGAAAUGGCUCCAUUCCCUGAGAGCUCCACCCCUCUCCUCGACACCAGCGCACAGAAACUAAAGGCAGAUCUGGGUAAGAGGCGAAUUCGGACGCGUCCAUCGCGUUCCUUUCGUGCAGGUCUGUGUCCAACGGAAAGCCCGGACUGGAGGACCCAUGACUCCACAGUGUUUUUAGAUAAAACGGAGGCAUCUACUAAGCAAAGGGAGUCAGACUCUGAGGAGGAGCAGCCUAAACCGAAGAUAGUCUGUUCUCCGCCUCCCACCACUCAGAGAGUCCCCAUGUUCCCAGGUUUGAGCCCUGCAGCCUUGAUUGCUCAGUUAAAAAGGAGAACAGGUGGAGGAGGAGCUGGAGGAGGAGAGGAAAUGGAAGAAGACAAGGCAAGACGAGAGGAGGAAAGUCAAAAGGAGGAAGUGGCACCAUCUCCCACCCAGCUGCCCCGCUCUCCUCGCGCCCCCGCUCAUCUUGCUGGGGCUGCACUAGUGCUGCCACCCUUAGGCGGCACGGAUGGAGGUGCCGUUUCCUCUCCCGCUUGGCUGAAAGAACUGAAGUCUAAGAAGCGCCUGAGUCAGUAUGACAGCGAGACUUAGCCUGACACAGAAGACACUGUGCCGUUGCUGUUCAGCAAGAAUCGAUCCAUCCAGCUGCUGCAGCUGAGAGACACCUUGCCAUGAUUACUCCAUUUUACACUUUGAGUGCCUUAUUUUGGACCUUUACUGAGAUAUUCAGGAGAGGAAAUCUGGCUUCUGCUGAACAUAGAGGCCAUCAAGAACUUGUCCAUCUUGUAAAUGGAAUAUGGUGCCAAGGAUAUGUGCCAAGACUGAUGUGUUAAUGCCAACUACAUGUUUAAUCUACUGUUGUACAGCAGCUCAAUGGAUACCACAAUGUAAUUUAGAGCAAAUCCAUGGACUGUCUUAUGUUGAAAAGUGUAUGUCCAUCAUAUACUGACAGGGAAUGAUGACACUUCAGGGUAUCUACCUACCUACACACACACACACACACACAUAAAUGUACAGAAAACACUGAAUAUAAAUAAUCGAUUGCACCGUGUGUAUUUAGUUUGAAUUGUACAAAAGGCCUACCUUUACCUUUCCAAUGACAGAUAAUCCCAAGUAAGCCUUUAAGCACUUUAAGAAAUCACCAUCCAUUUAGUACAUCUAAGCAAUAAAAUAAUCAGGAACCUACCUGUAGUAACAUGAUCAUCAGGAAUUUUUCUUUUUGUUAUGCCGUGAGUGUCUGUCUUCUCUUUAAAGUAAGGUUAAAGAUGCACUUCCUGGUUUUAUUAAAACUCCCAAUAGCUGGUCAGAACAUCAGGAGUGAGCUGGGAGGAAAUUCUGGAUGUGCCAUAUCAGAAUCAGGAAGUGGUGUUUUGCAAGAUCUUAAACCCAGAAAAAUGCAUUAAUCUACUGUAGAUUUUUGUAUGUGCCUUUUUAAUGUUAAAUAAUUACUGUCAUCAAUGCUGUAGUCAUCUAUGAUCAACAUAUUGCAUGAUAUGAGGAAAUUGAGGGAAUUUUAUUAAAACUUUUUCUAUGAACUGUAA